UCGAGGGAGCUAUUUGAAUAGGUAGAUUGCUAGACAGAUCGGUUGACAGACAGACAGACAAAAGGAAAGACAGACAGAGAGACGAUUAUGGGUAACGGCGCAAGAGCUCAGCAGAAGCGGGAUCGUAAUGCAAAGGACGCCAAGAAGGGCCCUUCCUCGCAGCUCAAGGUGAACCAGGCGGCAUGUAACGUAAAGUGCACCGUCUGUAUGCAGACUUUCCUGCAGACUGUCAGGGAACCAGCACUCAAGGAGCACGCAGAGAACAAGCACAGCAAGACCAUCCAGGACUGUUUCCCUGGAUUUGCCGUUGCCGCUUGAGCCUCUCCUCUCUCUCGCAUACACACACACACACACAGCUCCUCUCU